AUGGCGGUUGCAUCCCGGGGCAGCCGAGGAUCGGGUGGCGCAUUCGCCGGCGGCCUCCGCAACCUCAUCUCCUUCCGGAUCUUUGUCUCGGCCAUGUUCACUCUCCUCUUUCUCGUCACUCUCUCCGUCCUCUUCACCUCCCACCCCUCCUCUUAUCACGAUUCCGUGUUACCGAUGACUGGAAACGCUUAUGUUCAGCGGACAUUUUUAGCAUUGAAGUCAGAUCCGUUAAAGACUAAGUUAGACUUAGUUUAUAAGCAGGCAAAUGAUCAUGUUGCACUUGUGAAUGCGUAUGGGGCUUAUGCGAGGAAGCUUAAGCUUGAGAACUCUAGGCAGCUCCGGAUGUUUGAUGAUUUGGCACAGAAUUUCUCAGAACUUGUGUUGAAACCAAGUUAUCGAGAAGCUUUGUUUGAGUCUGAUGGGCCGGUGGAUGAGGAUGUGUUGAGGCAGUUUGAGAAGGAGGUUAAAGAUAAAGUUAAGAUUGCUAGAUUAAUGAUUGCCGAAUCAAAAGAAUCUUAUGAUAAUCAGUUAAAGAUUCAGAAAUUGAAGGAUACAAUAUUUGCAGUUAAUGAGCUGCUCGUUAAGGCUAAGAAGAAUGGUGCAUUUGCUAGCUUAAUUGCUGCCAAAUCUACUCCAAAGAGUUUGCAUUGUCUCGCAAUGCGGCUUAUGGAGGAGAGAAUUGCGCAUCCUGAAAAGUACAGGGAUGAUGAGCCUAAGCCCGAGUUUGAGGAUCCAACGUUGUAUCAUUAUGCUAUUUUUUCAGAUAAUGUGAUUGCGGUCUCUGUUGUAGUAAAUUCAGUAGUAAAGAAUGCGGAUGAGCCUUGGAAACAUGUUUUCCAUAUUGUUUCUGAUAGGAUGAAUCUUGCAGCCAUGAAAGUUUGGUUUAGGAGGAGGCCAGUAGAGGGGGGUGCCCAUGUUGAGGUGAAAUCUGUGAAGGAUUUCACAUUUUUGACUUCCUCUUAUGUUCCAGUACUUCGACAACUUGAAUCUGUGAACACGCAGAAGUUUUACUUUGAGAACAGGGCAGAGAAUGCCACCAAAGAUGUGAAUAACAUGAAAUUCAGGAACCCCAAGUACUUGUCCAUGUUGAAUCACCUUCGGUUCUACUUGCCGGAGAUGUACCCAAAGCUGCACCGGAUUCUUUUCCUUGACGACGAUGUUGUUGUUCAGAAGGAUUUAACAGCCUUAUGGAAAAUUGAUUUGGAUGGGAAGGUAAAUGGGGCUGUUGAGACGUGCUUUGGGUCAUUCCACCGCUAUGCUCAGUAUUUGAAUUUCUCUCAUCCUUUGAUUAGGGAAAGGUUCAAUCCCAAGGCUUGCGCCUGGGCUUUCGGGAUGAAUAUAUUCGACCUUGAUGCUUGGAGGCGUGAGAAAUGCACCGAUCAGUAUCAUUAUUGGCAGAACUUGAAUGAGGAUCGUUCUGUGUGGAAACUGGGAACACUUCCAGCAGGCCUGAUUACCUUCUACUCAACAACAAAAUCCUUGGACAAAUCAUGGCACGUCCUUGGACUUGGGUACAAUCCGAGUGCUAGCAUGGAUGAGAUCCGUAAUGCUGCUGUCAUCCAUUUUAAUGGAAACAUGAAACCUUGGCUUGACAUUGCUUUGAACCAAUUCAAGCAUCUUUGGACUAAAUAUGUUGAUUAUGAAAUGGAAUUUGUGCAAGUGUGCAAUUUUGGCCUCUAGGUGAGUACUGUUUCUGCUGCUACAACAAUGUGGUGACUUAUAGAUUGGACUGCUGUUAUUGUCCAUUUCGGUUCACGUGUAUUUUUUCCUCUUCAGAUUUUUAUCAUCAUUAGUUUCAACUUUCAGAGCGAAGCUCUGGGAUUUUUUUCCUUAUUCUUUCGAAAGUCUCUCCAAUUAGGUCAUGUAUACAUCAAGAUGAUUCUUUUGUAUGAGAUAUUCUAUAAAGAUGGAUUCGUGGCGCUGAAAUGGCAAUAUCCAAUUAUGGAUUUGAUCCCCGACCCAAUGUAGCAUUUUCCAUAAAAUUUAGCUGUCAUUUUAGUUCUUUUCUGAAUGUACCUCCAUUAUGAACUUGUUGCUUAUUGAUGAUCAUUUUGUAGACAUCAUAGACUCACAAUAUUGAUGUUGGACAUGGAUUCUGUUGA